UGUGUGUGUGACAGCUGGUGAUAAGUGGAGGGCCCUGCACAGGAAAUCCGCUCAGCUUCUGCAAUGUGACCUGCCUGAAACUUGGGUGCUCCUUCAGUCUGGAUGUUGAUGGCAGGACAAAGGGGCACCUGGACCAUGGGCGACGUGGUAGAGAAGAGUCUGGAAGGGCCCCUGGCACCUUCUACAGAUGACCCACCCCAGAAAAGGGGAGACCUGGUAGAAAUCUUAAAUGGAGAUAAGGUAAAGUUUGACGACACCGGACUUUCCUUAAUUCUACAGAAUGGCCUGGAGACCCUCCGCGUGGAAAAUGCUCUGACAGACGUCAUCUUGUGUGUGGACAUUCAGGAAUUCUCCUGCCACCGCGUGGUGCUUGCCGCGGCCAGCAACUAUUUCAGGGCCAUGUUCUGCAAUGAUUUAAAGGAGAAGUAUGAGAAGAGGAUCAUUAUCAAAGGGGUCGAUGCAGAGACCAUGCACACCCUUCUGGACUACACGUACACCAGCAAGGCGCUGAUCACCAAGCAGAACGUCCAACGGGUUCUGGAAGCUGCUAACCUUUUCCAGUUCCUGCGUAUGGUGGAUGCCUGUGCCAGCUUCCUCACAGAAGCCUUGAACCCAGAAAACUGUGUUGGGAUACUGAGGCUGGCAGACACACACUCCUUGGACAGUCUAAAGAAGCAGGUUCAGAGUUACAUUAUCCAGAACUUUGUGCAGAUUCUGAACUCCGAGGAGUUCCUUGAACUUCCUGUGGAUACUCUGUACCACAUCCUGAAGAGUGAUGACCUUUAUGUGACGGAGGAGUCUCAGGUGUUUGAGACUGUGAUGAGCUGGGUCCGGCACAAACAGUCAGAACGACUCUGCUUGCUGCCCUAUGUGCUGGAGAACGUGCGCUUGCCACUUCUGGACCCGUGGUACUUUGUGGAGAUGGUGGAAGCAGAUCCUCUCAUCAGGCAGUGCCCGGAGGUCUUCCCACUACUCCAGGAAGCUAGGAUGUACCAUCUUUCUGGCAAUGAGAUCAUUUCAGAGCGCACCAAGCCCAGGAUGCAUGAGUUCCAGUCCGAGGUGUUCAUGAUCAUUGGUGGCUGCACGAAGGAUGAACGGUUUGUGGCAGAGGUAACCUGCCUGGACCCCCUGAGACGCAGCCGCCUGGAAGUGGCCAAGCUCCCCAUGACAGAGCAUGAGCUGGACAGUGAGAAUAAGAAGUGGGUGGAGUUUGCAUGCGUGACAUUAAAAAAUGAGGUCUACAUCUCAGGUGGCAAAGAAACACAGCACGAUGUUUGGAAAUAUAAUUCUUCAAUCAACAAAUGGAUUCAAAUUGAGUAUUUGAACAUAGGCCGCUGGAGGCAUAAGAUGGUGGUGUUGGGGGGCAAGGUCUACGUGAUCGGAGGUUUCGACGGCUUGCAGAGGAUCAACAACGUGGAGACCUAUGACCCCUUCCACAACUGCUGGUCAGAGGCCGCGCCUCUCCUUGUCCACGUCAGUUCCUUCGCAGCCACCAGCCAUAAGAAGAAGCUCUAUGUGAUUGGGGGAGGGCCCAAUGGGAAACUGGCCACAGACAAGACUCAGUGUUAUGACCCUUCAACUAAUAAGUGGAAUUUAAAGUCGGCCAUGCCAGUAGAGGCUAAAUGCAUCAAUGCAGUGAGUUUCCGGGACCGUAUCUAUGUGGUUGGAGGGGCCAUGAGAGCCCUGUACGCCUACAGCCCUCUGGAGGACAGCUGGUGCCUGGUGACCCAGCUCAGCCACGAGAGGGCCAGCUGCGGCAUCGCGCCCUGCAACAACCGGCUCUAUAUCACUGGGGGGCGGGACGAGAAGAACGAGGUCAUCGCCACAGUGCUGUGCUGGGACCCUGAGGCCCAGAAACUGACAGAAGAGUGCGUCCUGCCUCGGGGGGUGUCGCACCACGGCAGUGUCACCAUCAGAAAGUCAUAUACCCACAUCCGAAGGAUUGUGCCUGGAGCUGUUUCGGUUUAACCACAGGAGUGUGGAGGCGGAGCCAUGUGGGGAGCCCUGCUCACUCUCCCCGGUGUUCGACCCACUUCAGCAGCAAACAGGGCUUGAGUUACAGGCCAUACAUCAGGGGGCUCACUGUGGUUCCCCAUGGGGACUCCUUGGAAGUCACAGCCUUGGGACACUUGAGACCAGCCAGGAAUGUUUGUGAGACCUACCUCAGGAGGGAAGAAGAGUAAUAUUUAACAUUCAAAUCCCACUUGUCCUAUACCAGGUUCUGUGCCAGGCACUUUUGUAUACCAAUGCCUUUAACCAGCAGAGUGACCUGGUGACUGAAUGUUAGCACUCCUGUUUUACAGGUGAGGAAACGGAGUUUUAAGAGAGACUAAGUGCUUUGCCCCAGGUCACUCAGAUUGCAGGUAGCUAAGCCAAGAGCCCAAACCCACAUCUUUCAGUUUCAAAAGUCAGUGCGGGUUUUGUCGUGCUGCCUAUCUCAAAGCAGGAGAUCGGAACCCAGAUCAUUUUUUGUUCUGAUAAGUUUGCUAAAGGAUUUACUCAGAAAAGCAGGGAAGUAAAGGUGUUUCUUUUUUCUUUUCUUUUUUGCCUUACAUUUAAAUGAUAUGGAAACUUUGGUGUGGGAACCUCCGGUUUCUUGUCAGGAGCGUCUCACAUGUUCUUCCAUCAGACAGUUCCGGGAGAUGGGUCCGAGAAGAUCUGUUUGCUAUGAAAGAUGUGAAAGACUUCUGUCCUCCCCAUUAAAAGCUUCUAUUUUUUAUGAUCCCAGGAGGCCCACUGUAGACUGGAACUGUCAUUGCCAGGCAGAAUGGUACCUUCAGCACGGUCCAGUCCCUGGCUUCUUAAUGUCCAACAGUUGUUUUACAAUGUAGAAAAGGUUUUUCCAGAGCCUCAGAAUAAGUGUUUUUUUUUUUUUUUUUCUAAUGUAAGUAUCCUUACACUGCUGGCCACUGAGAAAUGACCCUGACAGUAUACUUUCCACUUUUUAAUCAGUGAUUUGGGUCUGUGUUCCUAUGACCACACCCUCUUGGAAGCUCUGUUUUCAGGAUCCUUUUAAUCCCUUCUAUUUGAUUUUUGAAUCGACUUGGCACAAUGUUGACUCGAAGAACAGAAUCUGUCCUUCACUCCAAGAGACAGAGCUUUCAAAUGAGCUCACUGGAAAUUCAUUCUAAUCCCCAAAUUAGAGAAACAGAUUAAGAGAUCCUGUUUCAUAUGCUGUACUUAAAAAGCAACAACAAUGGUAACAACAUAGUAACUGCAUUACCUAAUGUCCUUUAUUUUUAUCAUGUGAUUUCAAAUCUCUCUAUAUAGCAUUUUAUUUCAUGUCA